ACUCUACAGAGGAUCUGGAGCAAAAAGGACACUUUUAUGGAGUCUAUUUGCUGUGCAGUCAGAGUCUGGACGCCCGCUAUCAUGGCAAGUGCUAUGUGGGCUUUACGGUCAAUCCAAAACGUCGAAUAAAACAACAUAAUCGUGGCCGUGAUUUUGGCGGCGCCAAGAAGACUAGCAAAAAGGGACCCUGGCAAAUGGUGAUGAUUGUCCAUGGAUUUCCGAAUAAUAUUGCCGCUCUUCAGUUUGAAUGGGCGUGGCAACAGCCGACGCUAUCGACGCGCUUAAAAAUAUUUCCAGAACUGAAACGUAAACUGGCAAAAGAGUCGCACUUUGAUUACAAUUUCCGUAUAUUGAAUCGAAUGCUGGGCGUGGGUCCGUGGCAUCGAUUGCCACUUACUGUGCGCUGGCUGGAGACAGACUAUGAGCGUGACUUUGAUAUCCCACUGCCUUUGCACAUGCAAAUUGUUAGUGGCAAGGUGGCAAUAACAGCCUCGCAACGACAUCUCCGUCUAGAAAGUGACAGCUCCAACUCCAUCUCUGUCUGGGCUCCGGAGUGUCAUCUUUGCAUGGAGCGCAUUGAGCAGCCGGAACGAUCACGUCUUGGCUGUUUAAAUGCCACCUGCAAACUGACCUGUCACAUGCUCUGCCUGGCCAAUUAUUUGCUGGGCGAUCAGCCUGGUCAGUAUAUACCCAUUAGAGGUGUUUGUCCUCUGUGCGAUGCCCAACUCUGCUGGGCAUCGUUGCUCCAACGCAAGCGACUUGGAAUGGGCGUCCAGGAGCCGCAGGAUAACGACGAUUGUGAUGAGCUGAGCGAUGUCCCAGAUGUCGAUAGCGAUGUGGAAACAGUCGAGCCCGAUAUAUGCGAGCUGAGCGAUGCAUGAAUUAAGCAACAACUAUAUUUUAACUUUAUCUUGCAGGUUUAUAUUAUAAUAUUUUAUCAGUAUUUAUUCAAGAUCUUUUCAUCUUCAACUUUUGUAUUCCUCAGUUACAUAAAUCACAACAAUAGCUUUUUAAGUAAUUAAAUCGAGUUUUCAUUUUCAAGGUGUUUAUUAUGUUUUAAAAUCAGAAAAAUCAGUUAAAAAAAUUAAAAGACCACACC